AGCGGGGAUCCGCGAUCCCAGCUUCCCAGCCAGCCGCGGGCUCCCCCCGCGCUUCGCGGGUGAUGGGAUAUAUAGAGGGAGCCAUUUAGUUGGGAUGAGCUGUAAAGGAAACUAAUUUUAUUUUAUGACUCCGGCACCUGUAAUAGGCUCAGAAAAAAAAGAACACAAGAGGAUCAUGGCGCUAAGCUCAGGAGAGAUAAUGCAGUGUCUCUACACAGUAAGCUUGGUUGGUUGGAAGCCCUGAGUCAGUGCAGCCCUUGGAAUAUGGCCUGCCAUCUAAUUUAAAGGUAAAAAUUUAGAAAGCCGCUUGCAUGUUAUUUUCCAAAUUUGCAUAAAUUUUGAACACUUUUAAUACUUUUAGUACUGCCAGCUUUCUCAUAGGCACAUUGUUUUAUAAUCAUAAACGAGAUAGUUUCGUCUUGAAGGAAGCACUGUCAUUGUACCUUCUUUAAAGCUGUUCACCAUUGGCCCUUCAGCCCCUAAACUUUAAGAGACAAAUUUUUCACUCCCAACAUUGUUUCUUGCGCGUUUCCAAAGUUUUCACCAAAACACCCGGAGAAAAAAUACGAAAAGGAAUCUUGCUCUUAUUAUAAGGAGAAAAAAAUAGACAUUUUUUUCUUUAAGAGAGCCAAGGAGACCGGUUAAAACUACUAUACAGAUACAGUACUUAUUUAGCUAGUCCUUUCCAUUCUAGGAGCUUAGCUUCCCAUUUUUAGUGUAAGUACAUGUUAGGUGGGGACCCAUUUGAUGUAGAAGAGAAUUCCUAGUAUAAGGAAAGAAGAGUUAAACAUUUUUAAUUUUUUUUUCUAAGAAAUCAAUACGUAAUAACACUGAAUAUUGGAAACCGGAUGAUCUACCCAAACCAUAGGAUUUUUACCUAUAAUAAAAGGGAGGCAUGGUUUCUUCGUAGGCUAACUAUAGUCAUUGAAUUUGACCGUGUAUAAAUACAUUUUUCCCUUUUCCCCCUCCGUAUGAAGACGCUGCAGAAAGAAUGAGGUGUGAAGAGCCGGUGGUGAGCAUGGAGGAGACUCACGGGCUGGAGAACGCUGCAGCGCAGGGCGGCCUGUAUCCGGACCUCGUGCCGGCGGCUCCCGGCCGCCUGGGGGCACCAUCCUCCGAGGCCUGGGGAUACUUUCACCUGGCCCCAGCGCGUCCCGGGCACCCCACGGGCCACUGGGCCACCUGCCGGUUGUGCGGGGAGCAGGUGAGCCGCGGCCCUGGCUUCCAUGCGGGGACCCUAUCGCUGUGGAAGCACUUGAAGAGCGCGCACCGGCGGGAGCUGGAGAAGAGCAGCGCCCGCCGCGAGCCGCCCUCUGCCUCCUGCCUGCCGCCGCCGCCGCCCGCUGUCCCCACUGCCCCCGCCGCGGCCGCCGAGGGCGACUGGGCGCUCCUGCUGGAGCAGAUGGGUGCGCUGGCCUUCCGCGCCAGCCGGCGGGAGCGGGAGCUGGAGCGGCGCGAAGCUGCGGUGGAGCAGGGCGAGCGCGCCCUGGAGCGGAGGCGGAGGGCCGUGCAUGAGGAGGAGCGCGCUGUGGCCCAGGCGCGGCGGGAGCUGCAGGCCGAGAGGGACGGGCUGCAGGCACGGCUGCGGGAAGUGAGCCGCCGGGAAAGCGCUUUGGGCUUGUCCGCAGUCCCGCUGCAGAUGCCACUGAAAGAGGAACAGGCUGGGGAGAGGGACGGCUACAUAAUAACGAAGGUCCUCCUGUAGAGUUCUGGUAACUUCCACCACUGGCAACAGCGCUACCCAAACCGUGGUUGCACACCGACAUCUUUGAAGCAGCAUUUCAGGCUCUGCCGCAGCCCUACUUAAUCAGCAUCUCCAGAUGUGGGGCUCGCCAGGGGGUGUUGAUGCUUGCUUAAGUUUGAGAAGCACUCCGGGAAAACAUAAGACGCCAAAAUCACUUCUUCUCUGUGGUCACCUGUGGUUAUUGAGGAGCAUAAUCCCCAGUGGCCUCCUUGGGUGUUGGCAUUUACAUGUAAAGAGUAGAGCUGCAUGCAGGGGAAGACUUUGGGAAUAAUAACUCCAGCAGCCCUGAAGAACCUGAUUAUCCCAGCCCAUGGCCACUCAAGGCCCAGAACCUUGUACUGGGUGACUUAGAAGACAGAAACUUCUUUACAUGUUACACUAUUAUCACACAUGUGCCUACACACCAGCCAGGUCAACCCAGGAUGGAAGGUGCUUAGAAAUGAGGAUAAAGCUUGGGUCUGGGACCUUACUCCAAAAAAAAAAGUUUUUCUCAUUUCCUGUUGCAUAAUCUUUGCCCAUCAUCGAGUUCUGAAAAGGGGACUGUUGGUUUCCAUGACUGCCCUUUAUUUUUCAUCAUCUCCAGUCCCUUGUUCCCUUCUUGCUCUCCCAGAGCAGUCCUGGAGAACCCCUCUUUUUACUUGCCUCCACACCUCCCAACCCCCAAGUUGCCCAACCAGUAGUAGGUUCACCCUAUCUCACCUCAGCCAUCCUGUUUCCCCAAUCAGACCUUAUGGCAGCUGUUUUAAAUUUCUGCCCAUUUGCUGCUUCACAUCUGUCCCCUUACUAGCAACGUAAGACUUCACCCCCUUGUUGCUAGGAGGAGCAGUUCCUUCCCCAUGUGUCUUCACAAUCCUCACCUGGGCAAAAGGAGAAGGCAUCCCUCCCAUCCAAGGCCAUCUCUUCCUCUCAUGUUUUCAUUUCAUUCUUCUUCCACCUUUAUUGAGUUUUUACUCCAUUAGUUUUUCCUCCUUUCCUCUGUAUCAUUCCCUUUCUCCAGACUCUUGUUCAGCAAUGCUCAGCGUACUGAAAAGACUCUCCCUGCCUGGAUGCUUCCAACUGAACAUCAUCUAAGGGUCGAGUAGUCCUCCCUGCCUCCCCAUUCUACUUACUCCUUUACUUUGUGAUCAGGUUUCCACACUAUAGUGGACUCUAAAGAAGCCACUACACUCUCCCAGUCACUGAAUAUGAUGCUUUAUUUUCAUCCUUCCUUCUGCUGAAUCUCUCCCAUCUUGAAAUUCCUCCACUGGUAGGAGGAAUUUCCUUUUCCUCCAAAGACUUCCUUUUCCUGGUAGAGACUCAUUCUCAGUCUUUAUCUCAGGCUCCAUUUCUCCAGUUUUUUUUUUUUUUUUGUAUUGAAAAAUAACCAGAAUCUAAGAAAAGCUGAAAGGCUAGUAAAUGAAUAUCCAUAUAUACUCUUCACCUAGACUAAACAUUUUGCCAUUAUUUACUUUUCCUUCCACCCCAUAGGUACAUGCAUAUAUUUUUUUCAUAUACCCCUAAGUAUUAUUUCAGCAUGUAUCUGCUAAGAAUGAAGACAUUAUUCUAUAUAAUUCUAGUACAAUUACACCUAAAAAUAUAAACAAUAAUUCUCUAAUAGCCUAUAAUAUAGAGUAUUGACAAAAAUUCUCCAGUUGUCCCAAGACUGUCUUUUGGUUGUUUUUGGUUUUGUUUUUAGUUUCUUUAAAAGUGGUCUAACCAAGCUUCAUACUCUUGGUUAUGAAUUGUCUCUCUAGCACAGACCCCUUACUAUGUUUUUUUUCCAUGACACUGUUUUAAAGAGCCCAGGCCAGCUGUCUCAUAGAAUGUCCUGUAUUCUGGGUUUGUCUGAUUGUUUCUUCAGGCUUCUUUCUACACUCUUGACUCACCUACUUACAGAACUGCAAUAAUCACUUCUAUGUCAGUGACUCUUAGAUCUCUAGCUUUGUAUGUUCUCCUCAGGUCCAGUCCUUCAUAUCCAAUUCUCUGCUGCUUCUACCUGCAUAUCCUGCCACUACAAAUGGAAGGGGCAAGUUUAUUCAACUUCCCAUCUCCACCCCUCCCCUAAUAACUAAUAUUUAUUGGGCACUUAAAAUGUACCAAGCAUGUCCUAUACACUUGACAUGGAUGAUCUCACUUUAUUCUCCCAGCAGCUUCAUGGGAAGGUACUAAUACACCCAACUCACAUUUAAGGAUAGAGAGGGGCUAAGUAGCUUAUACAGACUCACAGCAAGUAAGUAGUAGAGUGGAUCCAAAUCUAAUCAUUCUGCCUCCAGAAGCCAUGCUGACUACUGUAGUAUACUGCCUCCUGAGAGCUCUGCUUCCCUGUGACGUAGUCACUAAAGCUGACAAUGUUUCCUUCCUAACUCCAAUGCCAGUUAGUACCAUCAGGACAUUAUUUUCUGAGCGUUCUCCAUGUGCCAGCACUGUGUUCAAAUGCUGAAGGUCAGUAUUGUAUGCCAUGCUGCAACCCCAUGACAUAGGUGCUACUCUACCCAUUUUGUAGAUGAAAAGCUUGAAGGAGUUAAGCAAUGUUUCACAGUCACACAGCUGCUAAGUGGCAGAGUGAGAUUGGAACCCCACCCUGAAUCUGUGAUCCCUGCUCUACUGAGUAUAUUUUGACAAAACACUGCUGUCUUCCUUCUGAUACCCCCUGCCAAGUUCUGGCCCCAAUUAUCAUUCAUCUGGGGUUGAUACUCCCAUUCUUGUCUUCCCCCACUGGCCCACCCAACACACAUCUUGGCCAAAGGAAUCACCCUAAGCCAAUGCUGAUUAUGUCACUUUCCUGCUCAAAAACUCUAGGAUCACCCAUCACCCACUUACGAUAGGGUGCAGUCUUCGGCUUUGAACAUUUCAGCAGUCUGAUGUUCAAGCCCUCUCACCCUAACAUCAGUUUUAACUGUCCUCUCCCCAACUUACACUGUAUGGCUCAGCUGAAUUGGACCCUGUGUUCUUCCUGGUGUGCCUUACUCUAGGCACCUUUAUGCCUCUGUUUUUCUUCCCUCCACUCAGAGAGUCCCCUUCAGUGUCUGAGCACCAAAACUCCCACCCAUGUUUUAAAACCAAGCUCCAUUCAUCUGGAUAAAUGAAGCAUUCCUUGAUUACUCCUCAUUCAGAGGUAAUUCCUUAAUUCUCUGAACUCUCAUGGCAUUUUGUAAUUCAGAACCUUUAGAACAGGCCAUCUAGCGUAUGGUUCUUGUCUUACCUCUGCUGCCAGACCAUGCAACCUUUGGGUGUAAGGAUGGAGCUACAAUACCUCGCCUAUAAUAGAUGCUCAGUGCAUAUUUCAGGUGUUAAAAAGACUCCAUGUGUUUAAGAUUUUUACAAGCUGAUUUUUUCCAUAAUUAUUAAUGCUAUUCUUCAUUUUGCUUUCAUUCUUGGAGUAAUAUUCUUAACACACACACAAAAAUAGACUAAAAAGGAAAUAGCAGUAAUAAUUUUUUAAAGCUGUUUAGUCAAUAAAGAUUUUAAAGUGUCAGUUAUAGGCUGUCUUGUUUCCAUUCAGCCAACUACCUUAGCAUGUCAUUAUCAAAAGUGUUAUUUCUCUUUUGUAAAACUUAUUUUGUUCAUUUUAUAGGUGACCUAAAUGUAUUGCCUCAAUUUGGAAAAACAGCAGGAAACACAAUCCCCCAAAGUCCUGUCCUGUCACUUUGAUAAAACUGCUAUUAACAUUUUAAUGUUUUCUUCUUUUUUCUUUUGCAACCUUUACAUUAUUCUAAUCAUAGUAUAAGUUAUUUCUCUUAAAUAUUUGAAGUUAACUUUUGCAUGAGGGUUUUUAAAUUGGGCUAUAAAAUCUGGAUAUGGACUUUAUAUAGAGGGGAAAAAACCCUACAAAUGAUACUCUUCUAUUUUAACAGUUGUUACAAGCAUCAAAAUAAAGCAAAGAUUUACAAUUUUAACUACUCCCUCAGGAAAGAUGGCUGCUGGGAUCAUGAAUAACCUUUUCAGGGAGCAGAGAGCAAUUAGCCUGAGAGUGAUGAUUGUGGGGGCUAUAUUAGGAUUUUCUAGGGAAAUAAAACCGAGAGGAGUAAAUAUUAUGUAAAUAUUAUAUUUUUACAAAAAUUGUCUCGUGUGACUGUGGGGGUGCACAGGUCCAAAUUCCAUAGGGCAGGCUGCAAGCUGGGAACUCUAAUGAAGGUUUUAAAUGGAUUCCCCAGGAGAAGUUGGUUGGCUAAAGUAGAUAUGGAAAGUCUCUCUUCUGACUGCUGAUUGGAUGAACUUCUCUCAGUGUUGAAGGCAAUCUCCUCAGUUGACUGUAGAUAUAAUCAGCCAUACAUGUAAUCAACUUACUGAUGAUUUAAGUCCAUGCAAUAUUCUCACAGUAACAAAUCAGGCCAGUGCUUACUUAACCAAACAACUGGACACCAUCACCUGGCCAAGUUGAUACAUGAACCCAACCAUCACAGGGCCAAGGAAAGAGAUUUUACUUUCUGCUUUACACACUUCUACAUUGUAAUUUUUUAUACCAAGCAUGAAUUACUUUUAUAAUAAAAAUUAUUUACAUUUUGCAAAUAAAAAAUCCUCACUAUAUGCAUUCAGCUUACUUAGUUAAAAUAAAUAAAGCGUCCAACACAAGGACAAAUGUAAUUCCCACUUUCAGAAAGGCCCUUGUCUGGCUAAUCCCA